CGUUCGUCAUAAACGGGAAAAAUAAAUUCUUGGCCGGCAGGCGGCUCAUGUGGUGGUGUUGAAAUAAUGACAGAAUUGGAGAAGCAGUCCCGUGCUGUAGCAACUGACCUGAGAGAUCAAGCUGAGAUAAAACCUGAAUCCCGCUGAGAACACAGACUGCAAAGGAACACUUUGAAUCUAUCAUCGGUGGUAAAUACGGGUUGGAGAAACAUGACGUCUUUACCCAUUAUAUUGAGACCUUUUUGAUGAUUUUGUGUGAUGUAACCGGGAUAAAUAUAAGGAGUGGUUUUGCAAAGUGGACAGUAAUGGAGUAUAUGAGCACGGGUAGUGAUAGCAAAGAGGAAAUUGACUUGUUGCUAACUAAUUUAAAUAUGUCUGAAGUGAUAGACAUCAUGGAAAACCUUUAUCCAGGUGGAGACCUUGCCGUCUAUGAGGACAGCUUAAUUACGAUGUGUGAAGAGGAAAAUCAAAAUGAAGAACGUGCAGAAUCUUUACUGUUUUGUGAGAGGGAGGUUUCUUUGAUGUCCUCUGUCAAAUAUGGGACUGUGGAAGACCUGCUUGCUUUUGCAAAUCAGGUGUCUAACGCUGCAAAACAAUUUAAAGGAUGCAGACAGCAAGAAUCUGGAAUCCUCUUGAAUAUGAUCACUCCCAAGAAUGGCCGCUAUCAGAUUGACUCGGAUGUGCUCCUGUUUCCGUGGAAGCUGACUUAUAGGAAUAUUGGCUCUGACUUUAUUCCGCGGGGAGCUUUUGGGAAGGUGUACUUGGCCCAAGAUAGAGAAACCAAGAAACGGAUGGCAUGUAAACUGGUGCCAGUGGAACAGUUCAAACCAUCAGAUGUAGAAAUACAGGCAUGUUUCCGUCAUGAAAACAUUGCUGAAUUGUAUGGAGCUAUUCUGUGGGAUGAGACCAUUCAUCUUUUCAUGGAAGCUGGGGAGGGAGGAUCUGUCAUGGAGAAGCUGGAGAGCUGUGGGCCUAUGCGAGAAUUUGAAAUAAUUUGGGUGACAAAGCAUAUCCUGAAAGGGCUCGACUUUCUCCACUCCAAAAGGAUUAUCCACCAUGAUAUCAAACCAAGCAACAUUGUGUUUAUGUCAACUAAGGCCGUGUUGGUGGAUUUUGGCUUAAGUGUUCAAAUGACUGAGGACAUUUACUAUCCCAAAGACCUUAGAGGAACAGAGAUUUACAUGAGCCCCGAAGUUAUCCUGUGCCGAGGCCACACAACCAAAGCAGACAUCUACAGCAUGGGAGCUACUAUUAUUCACAUGCAAACUGGCAUUCCGCCCUGGGUGAACAGAUAUCCUCGUUCUGCAUAUCCAUCCUACCUCUAUAUUAUACACAAACAAGCUCCCCCUUUAGAGGAUAUUGCUGAAGACUGUAGCACUUCCAUGAGGGAGUUGUUAGAAGCAGCUCUAGAAAGGAAUCCUAACCAUAGACUGUCUGCAGCAGAAUUAUUGAAACAUGAAGCUUUACACCCACCCCCAGAAGACCAGCCACGUUGCCAGAGUUUGGACUCAGCACUGUUUGAAAGGAAAAGGCUACUUGCAAGGAAGGAGCUGCAGUUGCCAGAAAACAUUACAGAUUCCUCAUUGUGUACUGGGAGCAUGGAGGAGUCGGACCUGGUAAAGAGGCAAAGAUCACUUUACAUAGACCUUGGAGCUCUUGCUGGUUACUUCAAUAUUGUUAGGGCACCACCAGCAUUAGAAUAUGACUGACCCAAUAACGUUUUCUAUCAGAAGGUCAGAAAUGGACCUCUACCUCUUAAAACUUGAUUUUAAGACUUGAUUUUCAAAUCUGUACAUAAAAAUAUUGCCAUUGUAGGCUGUAAAAUGUGAAUAGUUUGUAAUUGCACAGAUGAUUAAGCUAAGCCCUUAGGGACUCUAAUAAGCUGAUCUCAAGCAAUGGUAUUGGUGCAUCUACUGGCUGACCAACAAGAAGACAACAAAAAGAACACUGCAGGAAUGUCUUCUUCUGGGGGACCUUCCUGUGCUGGGCCUUACACUUUUGUAAAGCUUAUAUGAUAUGCUUAGAAGUAUUGCCAUAAAAAAAAAAAAAAGAAA